AAUGUUGAAAGGCAAGACAGUAGUUCUUGUCUUGUGUAUUUGGGUUCAUCAGAUCUCGGCAGGAAUUCUGGUGAAGAUUAUUGAUGGAGAUAUUAAUGAUAUAUCACAGUGCCACCAGGAAGGAUUAAAGGAAUGCUGGAAAGUACAGUUGGAUCUGGAACUCCUUGAAGGGCUACAAGUAGAUGAUAUCGUUCAAUUAUCUUCUACAGGACCUAUUUUACUUAAGUUAAGAGAGAAGCCGUUUGUAGGUUUUUCCACCACGACCUACCAGUUUAUAGGGCAGGAUGGACAGGACUCGUCUAUAACAAUUGGGAAAAGACAGACUGGGUUGAGUGUGUACGGUACUAUACGCGGCAUGGACCGGGUGUACAGUAUAGAGUCCUGCGGAAGUGGUUGCAACGUGAUGUAUUGGCGGGAAGGGGCUUAUUUCAACCAGUUCGAUGACUAGUUGUACUGUACAAAACCAGUUAGAGAACUCUAGUUUUACCAUACAGAAAUGAGUUCCAGAACUAGUUGUGAACCAAAGUUCAAGUACCUUACGGCCGGAAAUCAGUUUGACUGGUUGUACCGUACAACAACCAGUUCAAGAACUAGUAAUACCAAUUAGAACCUUUUCAAGAACUAAUUGUGCCAUAUGGAACCUAUUUAAGAACUAGUUUUACACGCGUAUGGAACCUGUUCAAGAACUAAGCGUACUGUAUGGAACAUAUUUAAGAACUAGUUGUACUGCAUGGUAUCUGUUUGAGAACUAGUUGUACCAUAUAGAACCUGUUCAAGAACUAGUUGUACCAUACGAAAACCACUCCAAAAAGUAGUUGUAUGGUAUGGAAUCUGUUCAAGACCUAGAAUUGUAUUGCAUGGAAUCUGUUUAUGAACUAGUUGUACCAUAUGUAACCUGUUUAAGAACUAUUUGUACCAUAAAGAACCUGUUCAAGAACUAGUUGUAACAUAUGUAACCUGUUUAAGAACUAUUUGUACCAUAAAGAACCUGUUCAAGAACUAGUUGUAACAUAUGUAACCUGUU